ACAAGCAGGACGCGUCUCAUCUUCCUCCACAAAUAGAUGUCGGAUGGCCACCGUGAAGAAAGACAACAGACUGACGCGAUCCCAGAGCUUCUUGUGCGUGGGGUUCGCGGGCGUGGCGAGCAAGAGCGUGACUUCCCCUCUGGAGGUGGUGAAGAUUAAAAGUCAGGUGGGAACUUUUCACUGCAAAAAGGGCUUUUGGCAAACUUUCGCCCUCGUCUACCGCCAUGAGGGACUCAAAGGCUUCUGGAAGGGAAACCUGGCUUCUUGCCUGCGGUUGUUUCCUUACACCGCCGUGCACCUGGCAACUUAUAAGAAGAUAGUGCACAUUCACAUGGACGAAGUGGGCUUCAUCUCCCAGGCGAGGGCCAUGGUGGCGGGAGGUGUCGCCGGCGUGGCGGCCGCCUUGGUCACGUACCCCCUGGAGGUGGCCGAGACCAGGCUGAUGGUGCAGAACGGCCGCCAGCCCACAUACGUGGGGGUUCUGCACACCAUGUCCAAGGUCCAGCGCGCUGAAGGGCUGCCGGCUCUCUACAGGGGCUUCUCCCUCACGGUCCUGGGCGCCUUCCCUUUCUCCCUGGGCUGCUACGUCAUCUACAUGAACGUAGACAAGCUGUGGCAGGAGCAUCCUUCUCGCUUCUCACCUCUCCAGAACUUUCUGAACGGCUGUCUGGCAGCAGGCGUGGCCCAAACGCUCUCCUACCCUUUUGAGACCGUGAAGCGCAAAAUGCAAGCGCAGAGUUCCUGUCUCCCCCAUUUUGGUGGCGUUGAUGUGCAUUUUAGUGGUGUCACCGACUGUUUUGUUCAAGUGGUGAAAAAUAAGGGGAUCUUCUCACUCUGGAGUGGCCUUACUGCGAGCACCAUAAAGAUCCUUCCCUACUUCGGCCUCCUCUUCGCCUGCUUCGAGCUCUGCAAGCAGGCCUGCCUCUACCGCAACGGCUACAUCGUGUCGCCCCUCAGCUACCAGCUGGCGCCGGGCGUGGACCAGAGCCUGGGCCCGGCCGAGCUGCGGGAGGCCAAGCGCUACCUGAGGAACUACGGGGCGGGGGCGGGGGCGGGGCAGACCGACGAUUUUUGGGAACGGCUGGUGAAAAACUCUCAUAAAUGAAGGUUUGUGGAAGACACUUCAUUAGGUACACCACCCAGUGAGGUCCUAUGAGGAGCCGGACACUUCAUUAGGUACACCACCCAGUAAGGUCCUACUGGGAGCCGGACACUUCAUUAGGUACACCACCCAACGAGGUCUUUUUAGGAGCUGGACACUUCAUUAGGUACACCACCAAUGAGGUCCUACUGGGAGCCGGACACUUCAUUAGGUACACCACCCAAUGAGGUCCUACUGGGAGCCCGACACUUCAUUAGGUACACCACCCAAUAAAGUCCUAUUGGGAGCUGGACACUUCAUUAGGUACACCACUCAACAAGGUCCUAUUAAGCCGGACACUUCAUUAGGUACACCACCCAAUGAGGUCCUACUGGGAGCCGGACACUUCAUUAGGUACACCACCCAACAAGGUCCUAUUAAGCCGGACACUUCAUUAGGUACACCACCCAAUGAGGUCCUAUUAGGAGCCGGACACUUCAUUAAGUACACCACCCAAUGAGGUCCUAUUAGGAGCCGGACACUUCAUUAGGUACACCACCCAACGAGGUCCCAUUAGGAGCCGGACACUUAAUUAGGUACAGCACCCAGUAAGGUCCUAUUGGGAGCCGGACACUUCAUUAGGUACACCACCCAGUGAGGUCCCAUUAGGAGCCGGACACUUCAUUAGGUACACCACCCAAUGAGGUCCUAUUGGGAGCCGGACACUUCAUUAGGUACACCACGCAACGAGGUCCUACUAGGAGCCGGACACUUCAUUAGGUACACCACCCAAUGAGGUCCUAUGAGGAGCCGGACACUUCAUUAGGUACACCACCCAACGAAGUCCUAUGAGGAGCCGGACACUUCAUUAAGUACACCACCCAACGAGGUCUUAUUAGAAGCCGGACACUUCAUUAGGUACACCACUAAAUGAGGUCCCAUUGGGAGCCGGACACUUCAUUAGGUACACCACCCAAUGAGGUCCUAUGAGGAGCCGGACACUUCAUUAGGUACACCACCCAACGAAGUCCUAUGAGGAGCCGGACACUUCAUUAGGUACACCACCCAACGAGGUCUUAUUAGAAGCCGGACACUUCAUUAGGUACACCACUAAAUGAGGUCCCAUUGGGAGCCGGACACUUCAUUAGGUACACCACCCAAUGAGGUCCCAUUAGGAGGUGGACACUUCAUUAAGUACACCACCCAAUGAGGUCCCAUUAGGAGGUGGACACUUCAUUAGGUACACCACCAAAUGAGGUCCCAUUGGGAGCCGGACACUUCAUUAGGUACACCACCCAAUGAGGUCCUACUGGGAGGUGGACAUUUCAUUAGGUACACCACCCAAUGAGAUCCUACUGGGAGCCGGACACUUAAUUAAGUACCCUAUUGAAGUGUACCUAAUUGACCCUAUUUUCGAGAGGUUGCACUCUGACAUAAUUUUUAUUUAUUUAGUUUGCCACUCUCAUAUUACUAAAGUCAUCAACAUUAUAGAAAGCAUGUAGUCCACAAAUGUACCCUUACUGUAUCUUAAUGUGACUUAUUCUGCUCUCAUUUGAUGUUCUCUCCAAGCAUUAUAAUCUGUUUGGAUAUUGUCCAAUUUCGUAACACACCUGCAUGGUUCAUGAAGCUAAUUUAUAAGUUACACAUUCCGGAAGCAAAUGUCUACCUCCUAACCCGCUCUACAAAACCCAAAAGCAGUGAAGUUGUCACGUUGUGUAAAUGUUAAAUAAAAAGAGAAUACAAUGAUUUGCAAAUCCUUUUCAACUUAUAUUCAAUUGAAUAGACUGCAAAGACAAGAUAUCUAACGUUUAAACUGGAAAACUUUGUUAUUUUUUUGCAAAUAUUAGCUCAUUUGGAAUUUGAUGCCUGCAACAUGUUUAAAAAAAGCUGGCACAAGUGGCAAAAAAGAGUGAGAAAGUUGAGAAAUGCUCAUCAAACACUUAUUUGGAACAUCCCACAGGUGAACAGGCUAAUUGGGAACAGGUGGGUGCCAUGAUUGGGUAUAAAAGUAGAUUCAAUGAAAUGCUCAGUCAUUCACAAACAAGGACGGAGCGAGGGUCACCACUUUGUCAACAAAUGCCUGAGCAAAUUGUUUAAGAACAACAUUCUAUCUGUGUUGGCCCUGCGAUGAGGUGGCCACUUGUCCAGCUGAGAUAGGCUCCAGCACCCCCUGCGACCCCGAAAGGGACAAGCGGUAGGAAAUGGAUGGAUGGAUGGAUUACUCAACCAGCUAUUGCAAGGAAUUUAGGGAUUUCACCAUCUACGCUCCGUAAUAUCAUCAAAAGUUUCAGAGAAUCUGGAGAAAUCACUGCAUGUAAGCGACAUUGCCCGUGACCUUGGAUCCCUCAGGCGGUACUGCAUCCAAAAGCGACAUCAGUGUGUAAAGGAUAUCACCGCAUGGGUUCAGGAACACUUCAGAAAACCACUGUCAGUAACUACAGUUGGUCGUGACAUCUGUAAGUGCAAGUUAAAACUCUACUAUGCAAAGCGAAAGCCAUUUAUCAACAACACCCAGAAACGCCGCCGGCUUCGCUGGGCCCGAGCUCAUCUAAGAUGGACUGAUACAAAGUGGAAAAGUGUUCUGUGGUCUGACGAGUCCACAUUUGAAAUUGUUUCUGGAAAUUGUGGACGUCGUGAACAAAGAGGAAAAGAACCAUCCGGAUUGUUCUAGGCUCAAAGUGUAAAAGCCAGCAUCUGUGAUGGUAUGGGGGUGUAUUAGUGCCCAAGGCAUGGGUAACUUACACUUCUGUAAAGGCACCAUUAAUACUGAAAGGUACAUACAGGUUUUGGAGCAACAUGUGUUGUCAUCCAAGCAACGUUAUCAUGGACGCCCCUGCUUAUUUCAGCAAGAAGUUGCCAAGCCACGUGCUACAACAGCGUGGCUUCAUAGUAAAAGAGUGCGGGUACUAGACUGGCAUGCCUGUAGUCCAGACAUUGAAAAUGUGUGGUGCAAUAUGAAGGCUAAAAUAUCAGAAGGGAGACUGUUGAACAACUUAAGCUGUACAUCAAGCAAGAAUGGGAAAGAAUUCCACUUCAAAAAUGUGUCUCCUCAGUUCCCAAACCUUUACUGAGUGUUGUUUAAAGGAAAGACCAUGUAACACAGUGGUAAAAAUAUGUUGCUGCCAUUAAAUUCGAAGUUAAUUAUUAAGUUUAAAAUUGUUUUUGGAAGCUGUGGACCCAAAGAGGAAAAGAACCAUCCGGAUUGUUAUCGGCCAGCAUGUGUGAUGUAUGGGGGUGUAUUAGUGCCCAAGACAUGGGUAACUUACACAUCUGUGAAGGCACCAUUAAUGCUGAAAGGUACAUACAUGUUUGGAGUAACAUAUGUUGCCAUCCAAGCCACGUUAUCAUGGACGCCCCUGCUUAUUUCAGCAAGACGAUGCCAAGCCACGUGUUACAACAGCGUGGCUUCGUAGUAAAAUAGUGCUGGUACUAGACUGGCCUGCCUGUAGUCCAGACAUUGAAAAUGUGUGGUGCAAUAUGAAGGCUAAAAUAUCAGAAGGGAGACUGUUGAACAACUUAAGCUGUACAUCAAGCAAGAAUGGGAACGAAUUCCACUUCAAAAAUGUGUCUCCUCAGUUCCCAAACCUUUACUGAGUGUUGUUAAAAGGAAAGGCCAUGUGACACAGUGGUAAAAUUGCACAAUGCAAUGUGUUGCUGCCAUUAAAUUCGAAGUUCAUGAUUAUUUGCAAAAAAAUAGCAAAGUUUACCAGUUCGAAUGUUAAGUAUCUUGUCUUUGCAGUCUAUUCAAUUGGAUAUAAGUUGAAAAGGAAUGUUUUUAUUUACCAUUUACACAAUGUGACAACCUCCCUGGUCUUGGGUUUUGUACUAACUGUCAUGACCUCCACUGCAAGUAUAGUGCCAUUAAACACAUGAAGUCCCCAAAACCUGGACGGACUAAAGGACUGGACUCCAUAACAAUCUCCGUCAUGUCCUGCUGCUAAAGUGUUAUUUAUACACAACGUGCCUUCCAAGUGGUGUAUUCCAGCGACGACGUCACAACCUGAAAUGAAAAGAGUCAAUAUUUCAGACGGUGUGGAAUGUUUUUAACCAGCAAGUUGGAGACUGGCAAUAAACUUCACGUUGAUUUGUGUUGGAC